AUAUGUGCUCGAAGUGCAAACUGAAGAGAAGCCUACACUCGCCAUUAUAGGCUAUUGCAUUUGCUUCUACUCCUACUCAACAUGGCAGGGUAAAACAUACUUUCUUGAAGAUGUUUAUGUGCGUCCCGCAUAUCGUGGCUUAGGUGCUGGUGCUUACAUUUUCCGUGCUGUUGCAGCUAAAGCGAAGGAAUACAAUUGUCAACGUUUGGAUUUUCAUGUGCUCAGCUGGAAUCCGGCGCGAAAAUUUUAUGACAGAAUGGGAGCUAUCGAUUUAACAGAGACUGAGGAAUGGCAUUUUUAUCGUGUAAAUGCUGAGCAAAUUGAAAAGUUGGCCAAUGAGCUGUAAAACUAUUUAAGCAAAACAAUUAAAACAACAAAAAUGCUGUGCAUAUGCAUACAAACGUUUGUAUAUAUUU